AUGGGUGGAGGAGGAGGUAAACCUCUGAACAUCUUCCGCCUUGGUAGUUCCCUGUCGGAUGAACCCAAGGAAGUUCUAAACUGGAGACUUUGGUUUGCGGUUGUCUCUUUUGGCAUUAUGGGUGCUGCUAGAGGAAUCGAUGAAGGGUUGAUCAGCGGCACGUUUAACACGGAUGAUUUCCAGCAUCUUUUAGGUUUCGACAAACUUGAUAAGGAUGACUAUGCAAAUGUCAAGGGCAAUGUCUCCGCAAUGGUUCAGAUAGGUAGCGUCGGUGGCGCCCUACUAGCCUUUGUUCUCGCCGACCGUAUCGGUCGUCUCUGGGCCACUCGACAACUAUGUCUCCUUUGGAUUCUUGGAAUUGUCAUCUUCAUGACCAAUAACGGACGAUUGGGCCAGGUGUAUGCUGGUCGCUUUAUUGCAGGAUUAGGAAUUGGCCAAACUACCGUCAUCGCUCCUGUUUACCUUUCCGAAAUCUCACCCCGGGCCGUCCGAGGACUUUGCACUUGCGUCUUCUCAGGCUCGGUGUACAUUGGAAUCAUGCUGGCAUACUUCUCGACUUGGGGAAGCAGUCUCCACAUGAACCAAAAUAAGGAAGCCUCCUGGAUGGUGCCGACAUCCCUCCACCUCAUCUUUGCCGGUCUCAUCUUCGUUCUGUCGUGGUUCAACAAUGAGUCCCCUAGAUUCCUGAUCAAGAAGGGCAAGGUAGACCACGCAAUAGCCAACCUAGCCAAGAUUCGAGGCCUCGCCCCCGACGACGAAUACGUCACGGCAGAGAUCAACGGUAUCAAGCAUCAACUGAAUGAAGAGCAGGAAGCGACCAUGGGCCAGGGCUUUGUAGGCAUUCUCCGAGAGAUGUUCUGCAUGCCUAACAACUUCUAUCGCAUCUACCUGGGACUUGGAACUCAGUUGCUGGGUCAAUGGUCCGGUGCUCAAAGUAUCACCAUGUACGUAUUGGAACUACCUCUUGUCUCUUUGAACAUUUUCACUGACUGCGUUUUGAUCUGCAGCGGGGUUGUGAAGUUCGUUGCCUCCAUUUUCUGUGCCUUGUUCUUGGUCGACGUUAUUGGACGAAAGAGAUCUUUGUCCAUCGGCAUUGCCCUACAAGCCAUUUCGAUGUGCUACAUUGCAGCCUUUUUGACAGCUGUGCCCAAUAUCGAUGACGACACUGUCUUCACAGCUUCACAAAAGCAUGCUUCAACUGGUGGUAUCGUCAUGAUAUACAUUUCAGGUGUCGGUUGGGCUCUAGGUUGGAAUAGCAUCCAGUACCUCUUGAAUGCUGAGAUCUAUCCUCUCAGGAUCCGCGCUGUCAGCAGCUCACUCGUAAUGUGCUUCCAUUUUGUCAACCAAUACGGCAACUCGCGCGCUGUGCCAAAUAUGCUCCUUGAUCUUAGCCCCAAGGGAACAUUCUGGUUCUUCACCGCGAUCACGAUCCUGGGCGGGGUGUGGGCAUGGUUCUUCAUCCCGGAGACGAGCGGCCGCAGUCUUGAAGGCAUGGAUGCAUUGUUCCGCCUUCCCUGGUACAAGAUCGGACGGUAUGGACAACGGGAAGCUAAUUUCAGUGAUCAGUUGGAGCGAGAGAGAGUGUUGGAAGAGAAGGCAGCCGUUGGCGGAAGUGCUGCGCAGGUCGAGGUAGUGCAGCAGGAGAAGGUAUAA